AUGCGUAAACCAUCAGUGGCCCAAAUCGUGUAUAACGCCACGUUCCCACGGCCGCGCACAAACGAACCGGGCUCGUUUGCCGCUCACAUCACCCGAAACCUCGUCCCAGAAGUACGUGUCGAGACAUCCCUUUUCUACGGUUCGCUAGACUGCAUCGAAGCCCAAUACCCCGGGUUAGACUACUCAUACGGACCGCAUCGGAUGCGACUGAGUCGUUUCCCAUGGCAUCGAAGACUGUUCCGCACAUUCAACGAGCUCGGCCUGACAGAAGCUGAGAUUUCUGAUCUCUGUCGCUGGGAAGGAACCAAAUCCGCACGUCAACGGUACGAGGCAGAAGAAAGGGUUAGCGUGCAGGACACAACAGCUCAUUCAAUCCGAUCGGCAUCUCCCCCACCCCAACCCUCCAUUGAGAUUCAUUUCGACGACUUCUGCGGGACAGAAGAGGAUCAGUUGAUUGAGACUCGGAGCAAUGAUACCAUCCGUGCGAGCGAUUCCCUUACAUCCAGUUACCGAACUGCCGAUACGGAGCACGAUACCGAUGAGGAGUUUAGCGAUGCGGAAAUGGAGAGCUGUGGCGUGGCCCUGAACAACCGGAUUCAUGCUGCGAUGGCUGCACGCGACCGAGGCACCGAUGUGCCGCUGGACGAGGACUGGGAACAAUGGCUGAAGGAAGCCGGAGAGCGCGGCAGCUACGGCGAGAUGUUCCAUGCUAUUCGCACCAACCAGCCCUUGAGUUUCCCCCCUGAUGCUCCGCGAGCUCCACGGCGUCGCAAUUUAGCCUCGACUGCUGCUUCUUUGCCUGAUGCGUAUAUGUUCUCCAUGCCAGACGGCAUCCUCGCGAGCUCCCCUCUAUCAUCUACUGCCAACACCUCCAGCGCAGCUCGGUGA